AUGACGACCAUGUCCUUGUUAAAAGACACAGUGCUUUCAUCUAGAUCAACGCGCCAGAUCUACAGACUCUCCAAAGCAGUCAAUAUCGCCCAUUCAGAACGCUGCCUCAGCACAUCCCCCGCCACCGGCGCCGCAGCAGCGGAAGUCGAAGCUGCACAGAAAUACUGCCUCAACCUCCUGGCGAAAUAUGACCGCCCUUCAUACACCCUCAGCACCUUCAUCCCCAGCCAAGCCCGUCCGGCAUACAUCGCCCUGCGCGCCCUAAAUUCCACGUUAUCUUUAAUUCCCGACACAACGUCCUCGCAUACAAUCGGGUUAAUGCGCCUGCAGUUCUGGCGCGAGGCAAUUGCAAAGACACUCACCGGCUCGCCUCCCAAAGAACCCAUCGCGAUUCUUCUCGCCUCCGCAAUCGAGGACCUCCAUCACAGAAGCGGCGGCAGGGCAAAGCUAAGCAAGAACUGGCUGAAUCGCAUGAUUAACGCACGGGAGCAGACUCUCACAAAUGAUCCGUACCCAAACCUGGAGGCCUUGGAAAGCUAUGCAGAGAAUACGUACAGCACACUGCUUUAUUUGACGCUUUCUGUGCUCCCUAUGACGAGUGUUACCGCGGAUCAUGUCGCAAGUCAUAUUGGGAAGGCGGCGGGGAUCGCAGCAGUAUUGAGGGGGUUGCCGAUUGUGGCAUUCCCAGCACAGACGCAAUCCGCCACUAGUGCCGGGGACAGCAUGGCGGCUUUACAGGGAGGGGCAAAGCAGGGUGCCGUUAUGCUGCCUUUGGAUGUCAUGGCGCAGGCGGGAGUGAAGGAGGAAGAGGUGUUCAGGCGGGGUGCGGAGGCAGAGGGUUUACGUGAUGCGGUGUUUACAGUUGCAACAAGGGCGAGCGAUCACUUAAUCACGGCUCAGCAGAUGCUGAGCAAUCUGCGAGCGGGACAGAAUGUCGGCCAUGACUAUGAGCAUGAGGGGGAGGAAGAUCAUCAGUAUUCUGUUGAAGAGGGACGACACGAGUCGCAACUAGACGAGGUAAAUCGGGCUUUUGGAGUGUUUAUGCCUGCGGUUGGGACGCGACUCUGGUUGGACAAACUGGAGAGCUUGGACUUUGAUAUCUUCCGCCCUGAGCUCCUUAGGUCAGACUGGAAACUGCCGUGGAAAGCUUAUUUGGCAUUCCAACGGAGAUCCUUGUAA